AUGUCCGAAUCCGACGUUGUCAACACCAACAACAACUCCACCGACGAGAUCGCCACCAAGGACCCGAAGAAUGAGUCGCUCAAACGAAAGGAGAACGAGUUCUCUGAGGACUCCAACUCCGUCCUGGACUCGGUAAAUGACGAGAACAACCACAAGAAGGCGAAACACGAAAACGGCGCCGAAGACGCCGAAGAGUCCAACGACGCAAAUGAUGCCGGCGACGUCGAUGAUGAGGAGGACGAUGAGGAGGACGACGUAGUGCCCGAGGACUACGCCGAGGACGACGAUGAUGACGGCGAGGGCGCAGAGGAGGAGGAUGAGGAAGAUGAGGAUGCGUAA